AUGGCAUCAAAGUUACCAUUAGAUGUUCUCCAAAUAAUAUUUACAUUCAUUCGUAAAAGUGAAAAAAAGAAACUUAAAGCUAUAGGAAAUUUGCAUUCUUGUCUACUAGUCAAUCGACAAUGGUGUGAAGCAACAAUACCAUUAUUAUGUUUUGAUUAUGCAAAGAUGUUGAAAAGAUUAGAUUAUGAUAAUUUUUGUCAUUCAGUGGAUAAUUGGUGUGGUAAAUUGAUAAAACCACCAUACAAUGUAAUUUCAUUAGUGAUCAAAGCUCUGUUAAGAUUGUUUUUGACUCAUUCAGCUGUUUUGAUACAUUUGGUGAUUGGUGAAUGGACUUCAAGGAAAUCUCCUGAUUUUAUAUAUUUAAAAUUUACCGAGAAAGAAUUUGAGUAUUUGUUUGAACCUAUAAGAAAAUUAGAAAUUCAAGGUGAAUUCGUUAAAGACCGUUUAUUAACGGGCUUGAAAGAACCAUGUAAAAAUAUUGAAAAAUUAUUUGUAUAUAUAAAAGAUGUUCCACCAAACUAUGAGGAGGAAUUGCACUCAUUACAACAAUUUGUCAAAGAACAACGUUGUUUAAAAUCAUUAAAAGUAGCCAAUGUCGCAUCGAAUUUCCUCUUUCCAACAAUAGCCACACAGGCCAAUACUUUACGUUGUUUAUAUUUGUGGGGAUUAAAUUUCACAAACACGGACAAUUACAUAAUACCAUGGCAUUUAUUAUUAAGGUUUAAAAAUUUAGAAAAAUUAAAAUUUCGUAAUUGUAUUGGAUUUGAUCAACACAUGAAAGAUUCAUUAAUCAAUGGUAAUGUCAAAGAAAUGGUGGUGGUUGAGAGGGAUAAGAGUGGAAAUAUAAAUGACAAUUUGAUUGUGAAUGGGAUUUUUAAAAAUUUAAAAAUGAUUGCAAUAAUUGGACAAUGUAAAACAUUGAAUAAUGAAUAUAUAUUUGAAGAUGAUAUUAAAGAAUUAAUUGAUUGGGGUGUUGGACAAGGUGCCAUUGUAUUUCUCGGACACUUUCAUAGUGCAGACGCAUUUUUUAAAGUUGAAUGGCAAAAAACCAUUCUCUCACAAUUAAUACUUUAUUUGGGAUGUGUAUGGUCAUUAGGUUCAGAGAUUGCAACUGGUUGGAGUUAA